AUGACCCUCCUCAUCACCGGCAUCUUUGGCAUUCUUUUGGCCUUCGCGCCGAGCUGGGGCUGGGUCUGCCUCCUCUUCGCGGCGCUCGGUUUCGGUGUGGGCGGCAAUUUGCCCGUCGACGGCGCGCUGUUCCUCGAGUUCCUCCCCGACGCGUCGUCUUCGCUCCUGACGCUGCUGUCUGUGUGGUGGCCCGUGGGCCAGUUAUCGUCGUCGCUGGCGGCGUGGUACUUCAUCGCGAACUGGCCGCCCGCCGAAGGGUGGAGGAGGUUCGUCCUGACGAUUGGACUGGUGACCUUUCUGAUGUUUGUCGUCCGCUUCUUCGCCUUCCAGCUCUUCGAGUCGCCCAAGUUCCUGCUGUCGAAGAACAGACAGGCGGAGGCGGUAGCCGUGAUCCACGGCAUCGCGUUCCGCAACGGCGCAAAGACGUGGCUCACCGAAGAAAUCCUCGACGCGGUCGCCGAAGGCGUCGUCGUCGACGGAGAACCUCUCGGCCGGUCGUCCUCCCGCCCGGGAAGAACCACGAGCGUCCUCCGCGAAAGGCUAAAGUCGUUCUCGGGAGACCGCCUCCGUCCCCUGUUCAAAACACGCACCCUCGGCCUCGCGACGGCGAUAGUCUGGUUCGUCUGGGCGACGAUCGGCAUGGGAUACCCGCUCUUCAACGCCUUCCUCCCGCAGUACCUCUCCCACGGCGGCUCCGCGCCUCCCGAGGGGUCCCCCGACGAGGGCGCGACGCCCAUCACCCCGGACACGUACCGCACCUACGCCAUCACCUCCGCCGUCGGCGUCCCGGGGAGCCUGCUGGCCGCGUACCUGGUCGACCACAAGUCUCCCUGGCUGGGCCGCCGCGGCACCCUCGCGUCCUCCAGUUUCGUGUCGGCCGUCUUCCUGUUCAUGUUUGUAAAGUUCGGGACGUCGCCCGCCUCGCAGCUCUUCUUCUCCUGCGUCGAGGCCUUCUCGCAGAACAUCAUGUACGGCGUGCUCUACGCCUUCACGCCGGAGAUCUUCCCCGCGCCGGUGCGGGGCGCCGGCACGGGGAUGGCGAGUUUUCUGAACCGCGCAAUGGGGCUCAUGGCGCCGCUUUUGGCGGCGAACAUGCCUGGCGACGGGACGACGACGCCGAUUUAUCUGUCUGGAGCGCUGAUUCUUGCGGCGUUCGUGGGGAUGUGUCUGAUUCCCAUCGAGACGAGGGGACGACAGAGGCUAUAA